AUGCCUGCACCCAUUACUAUGCAGCGUAAGGAGAGCUUCUCGUGGGACUCUUCGAGGUUCGGCACUUCCUGGAAGGAGGAGGUUGCCAGGUGGGAGGAUGACGUUGCUAGCUUUACUACCCCAUACUCUGACUUCGACACCGCCACGUCGGCAUCAUACCUCCCCAAGCUCGAGGCCACUUUCUGCCGUGACUUCUCCUGCUGCGGCAAGACCCUCUCCGACCUCCACGACCUCCUCCAACACUACGAAGAGCAGCACGUCCGCUUCGAGGAUGACAUCACUGCCACUUCUCAGGUUACCUUGGCACAGACUGCCGGUAUCCCCGAUGAGGCCGCUACCUCCCGUGCUCGUGGUGAGCGUGCACCCGAUGUGAGGAUGUUGAAGCGUAGGGCUAUGUUGCGCUUGGAUGACAUGUACAACACCUCUGCUUCCCAGCCUCCUUCGUCUGCGUCUUCCGAGACUGCGUCCAAUGUUGACGACUACGAUGAUAUUGCCUUCGAUACCUCUAUCCUCUCCGCUCCUCGUCCUGCAAAGAGGCCGUACAUGAAGUCUCCUUCCACCCCUGGUGUCGAGGAUGUCUUCCUUCCUUUCUCCGCUAUCUCCACCGCCGCUACCUCUCCUGCCUCUUCCGCUCCUCACACCCCCGUCAUGGGCCACAUCCAGCCUAUGCUCGGUUUCGAGGACGCUUACCUGUCUGGCAAGAAGAACGCCGUCCGCAGCAUGAUCCCCCCUCGCUCCCCUCCCCCGAUGGUCAUCGACCACCCCGGCUCCACCCUCGUCGUCGACAAGCCCUACAAAUGCAAAGUCCCGGGCUGCGACAAAGCCUACAAAAAUCAAAACGGCCUCAAAUACCACAAACUUCACGGCCACUGCAACAGCAACAACCCCCUCCAAACCUCUCCUCCCCCGGUUAACACCAACGCCGCCACCGUCCUCGGCGAGGGUGGACUCCCUGCGCUCCCGGCUUCUCUCACGACCCAUAUCGCGGUUGAGAAGCCGUACAGGUGUGAGCUUUGUUGCAAGAGGUAUAAGAAUCUUAAUGGAUUAAAGUACCACCGUGCGCAUUCUCAUUUGGGUGUUGCGGCGCCUGGUGCGACGGGUGCUGGUGUUGCUGUUGGGCAGAUGCCAACGAUGGCUGGUGGGCUUGGUGCUGGUGUUGGUGUCGUUUCCAUUUUUGGAAAUGGGACUGCGCCGGUGAUGUAAGCUCCAGUCAUACACGAAAAAUGAGUGAGGUGAAGGCGAAGUUAAUGGAUGUUGUUGACGCACACACAAAAAGGGUCACGGGUUAUGACCACACUUCGGGGGGACGGCAAAUGCGGGUAUGAUAUAUGGACACUUGCUUCGGACAUGCUUUCUUGGUUUUUUUUUCUUCUUCUUUACACGGUACAUGAUAUUGGGGCGUUUUCUUUGACUUUACAACUUUCUUGGUCAGGUUGGCCUCGGGCUUCUAGACUGGAAGGUUACUGGGCGCUUGUCUUUUUUGUUUUCUUUUUCUUCGAGGGUUACUAUACACUCGUUCUUACUUAGAGGUUAUUGGGAAAAAGCACUCGGAGGUGAGGUGGGGGAGGAUACUGGAGGGGAUGCCAUCGACUGGAGAUAGGG